GCAAUGCGGUGAGGAUGCACUGAUAUAUCGACACACUAGUGAUCAUGGUGCUGCGCAUCGAGAACAAAUGACCCAAGAAGGAAUGAACAACCGUUCUAGGCCUGCAGGACGCCAAGCCGAAGAACAACAACAUCAGGGUCAACAAGCGUACAGUUUGUGGCUGCGUCUUUUCUGUCGUACCGCCUUGGAGAAUUUGCCCUUGUUGGCCGGCGGGAGCAGCGACUGCGCGAGUCCAGUUUUAGCUUGGAAAUUAUGGGUUGGAAGUUCUUGACCUAUCUAAGUACUUACAACCAUGUCUAUGACCUUUUCAAGUAGGAAAGUCAUAGAUAUGCAAGUAGAUGUAGCUACAACAUUGUAGCAGGUUAGGGGAACCCCUAAGGAAAGACGUCGGCUUCGCACGCAUCACUUUCCCACACGUCUUCGCUGUGUCGCAAAGUGCUUGGCAUUUGAUUUUCGAAUACCUACGGGAUCUUUUGGCAAGAUCUGGAGAGAC